AUGGAACAGGUCCAAGUCUUUGGGUUGCGGCCGGAAAAUUUGAGAAAUUGUUUACUGGAGUGGUUGAAAAGUGGUACGGGCGCAGGUGAAAUAGUGGAGAAGGCAUUUGCAGAAUUGGAAAAAUGCAGUAAGCCAUCUCCAAACUUAGGAGCAGGGCUGCAGAAGAGUGGUGAAGUAGAUGAAGGUGCCUAUGUGCUGGUACUGCUCGACAGUGAGGCUAUGGUAGCUGGGAACAAUGGUGGAGUGGGGUUAGUUACGCCAAACAGACUGCUCGAUAGUGAGAUUGUGGUAGCUAGGAAAGAUUUUAGUGUGUGGUUGGUUACGCCAAAAAAGGGGCUCCACGGUGAGGCUGUGGUAGCUGGGAAUGAUACUGGAGUGGAUAAUGAAACUGUGGUAGCUAGGAAAGGUGCCGGAGUACUGGAGUUGGUUCCGCCAAAGAGACUACUCGACAGUGAGGCUGUGGUAGCUGGGAACAAUGCUGGUGUGGGGUUGGUUACGCCAAAGAGACUGCUCAAUGGUAAAACUGCGGUAGUUGGGAAAGAUGCGGAGUGGAGCUGGUUCCGCCAAAGAGACUGCUCGAUGGUGAGGCUAUGGUAG